AUGACUCACAGUACCAAGAUUAGUCAAAAGUAUUUGUGUAGUAGCGGCAGCAAUAACAUUAAUACAAAAAAGAAGGCAACAGAACUCGCUUCAACACUAUCAGCCAAAUCGAAAGAAUCAAUGGAUAAAUUGGAACAAGACCCAGGAUUGAUGUCCUAUGCCGACUUGCAUGGUGAAUGGGAAACUAGAGAAAUCAGCAUCUUUGGUGCUGUCAAGAGUUUCAUUUCACAAUUGGGUAUUGGUCAAGAACUUACAAAGGUAAGCAUGCCUUCAAUGUUUUUGAUGCCAUACUCCAUUUUGGAGCUUGCUGGAGCAAGAUAUCUUAAAUACUUUCACCUUUUAUCUGCUGUUUCUAGCGAACCAGAUCAAGCUAGAAGAAUGGCAAUUGUAAUCCAAUACUUUUUGGCUUGUAUUCGUGAUGGAAAUUUCCAAAGAAAACCAUAUAAUGCAUUGUUGGGAGAAACACAUAACUGUUUUAUUAGAUAUCCAUCGGCUGAAGAAGAUGGAAAGACUAGUACUGCACGAUUCAUUGCUGAACAAGUUACUCAUCAUCCACCAUUAACAGCAUUCCAUAUUGAAACAAGCGAAGGUUUAACCAUGGAUUGCAAUGUUCAAUUCUCUGCUAAAUUUCACAUGAACUCUGUAUCAAUUGUAACAUCGGGUGAUAUUAUUAUAAAGGUACCAAUGAGAGAAUCAGAUGGAGAGCCUGCACACGAGGAGGUAUAUGUUAUCGAUAAGGGUCUUCCAGACGCCAUUGUAAAGAAUGUUAUCUUUGGUACACGUUCAAUCAACUGGACCGACUCUGUCGAAAUCAUGUGUCAAACCACAAACACCUCUGCCACUCUCCACUUUGACAAGAACGAGUUUGUCAAGGGCGAUAUUUACGAAUACAACGAAGAAAAGAAUGAGGAGGAACACCAUGCCACCCUAAGUGGUUAUCUCAACAGUACCGUCAACAUUGAAUAUUUUGAUACUCCUGCUUCUUCUGAAAAAUCUAAAAAGAAGAGUAAAAAGAAAUCAAAGUCAAAGAAACAAUUUGGUCCAACAGAUACAGUUUUAUUCGAGUCUGAAAAGUUACAACCAAAUCAUACAUUAUAUCCUAAACAAACUGAUCCAAUCAAUUCACUCAACGUUUGGAAAGAGGUUACCAAGCACAUUGUAGCCAACGAUAUGGCCUCUUCCGAUGUCGUCAAGAAAGAGAUUGAAGACGAACAAAGAAAGCGUCUCCGCGCAACCAAAGAAGAGGAAAAGAAGGAAAGAGUAUAUUUCAAAUUCGACGAAGAACAAGAACGUUGGGUUUUCAAGGGUUUCCCAACUCCAAACUAA